CCGCCGCACCAUCAUGCAGCUUCUGACCGCUGCCUCCCGAUAACAUCCACUGAGGGUAAGAACUGAACAGCAUCAUGUUGAUCGUCGGAUAAAAAAAAGGUUUCAUUGGCAGAAAGCUAAACUACACUCGUGUCCCGCUCAAAAAGGGCACAUCGGAGCCAUGGCAAGCGCGCAGUCCGCCGUCACGUUUGCAGUGUGCAUCUUCGUGAUAACGGAGCUGAUACUCGCCAAGAAGGACUACUAUGAUAUCCUGGGAGUUCCUAAAGAUGCUACCGAGCGACAGAUCAAAAAAGCUUUCCACAAGCUUGCAAUGAAACAGCACCCCGAUAAGAACAAGAGCCCGGACGCUGAAGUGAGGUUCAGAGAAAUUGCAGAAGCUUAUGAAACUUUAUCAGAUGAAACCAAAAGAAGAGAAUAUGACCAGUUUGGUGACACUUCUGCACUCUUCACUGGGGAGGCGCAAGGCAGGCAUCGACAGGGGGCCCACCAAUCUUUCAACUUCAAUGACAUUUUCAAGGACUUUGACAUCUACAGCCAGAACAGACACGCCCGACACCAAAGACACUUUAAUGAACACUCCAGGUCCCAAAAGGAGCCACCCAGCAGGAGUAAGAGACACUUUCAAGGAGGUUUUGGAGCAGGUGUCUUUGAUGACGACAUCGAGAGGAUGUUUACCUUCGAUGGACACACCAAACAGACUGACAGCAGGUUUCACGGUGCAGCAAAACAACAAUGUAGAACGGUGACGCAACGCAGAGGAAAUAUGGUAACCACUUACACAGACUGUACUGCAUCUUAAGAUGCAAUGCGAAAUGACUGCUGGUUCAAAUGUGCCUUCACGGCAUACAACACUGUUGUAUUGGGUAACACGCCACUUGGUUCAAAUGCUGUCAAAUUGAUAUCUGACAUUCAGGCACAGAAUGGUUUGAACAGUGACACUACGUUUACUUAAACUAUUACCUGUGCAUGCUUAUGGACUUGAAGAUGAUUGUAGUAGUUUUUCACAUAUUGUUGAAAUAAGCUGACAGGGAGUAUUUUCUCAGUAUUUUUUUAAGCACCUGAAUGUACAGUUUGGAAAAAGAAAACAAUCACACUUAAUUUGGCGCAGUUCCAUGUCAGUUCAACACUAGUUCAGUACUUCUAACCGGUUAUUUUGUAAAGUUUUGACUUUCUUUUGUUUUGGUUUCGCUAUUGUGGUUCCCCAAACACAAUGAAGGCAGAAACAAUAGCCAGUGGAGUUUUGCUUAUGGUUGUCAAAUGAGGAGCAGUGUCAACAAAAACCUGCUACCCUCCACGUGUUGGCUCGGUAAACUGUUUGUGCUACAUGUUGUUGAAAUAUGUUUGUACUCUACACUUCCAGUCAUGUUUUGUCUUUAAUAUACUUUACUGAAACAUUUGUGGUUACAUCUUCAUCAUUGUAAUUGUAAAUACUUGUUAAGAAAAUGUAUAAGUAAACAGAAAUGCUUGUGACUCUAUAGCCGCCUUUCAAUUAACACAAACGUGUAAAGCCCAUAAUGUUCUGUUUGUCUUAGUGUGUAGUAUUGUGUGCACUUCGUAGUGACAAUGGACAUCUGGGUUUAGGCCUUUAUUACAAAAAAGUCACAACUAUUUCUGAAUCACACUUUUGCUCAUAUUUUUGAGAUCUAGAGAAUGUAAUCAAAAUGUACUUUUACAAUGCUUAAAAUGUUACCAGAAACUCACAUUUAGGUAUUUAAAAAACGUUUGACUGGCAUCUCAAAUAAACUACCAAGAACUUGCAGAGGACUAAUUUAGCUGUAAGCUGACUACAUUAUUUACUCAAGCUUUCAUGACUUAGAAUUGUUUUAGUCACAAGGUUCAUUGUUUAUUGCAUUUUUGUAUUAACAUUAAGUGUAAGAAUUCUACAAUGCUGAAAUACUAUAUGUCUAAGAGCAAACAAGCAUCAAUGUUUUAUUCUGUUUAUCUGGUGAUUCACCUCAGUUGAUUAGAAGAUGAAACUCCCAGUACAUACUUUUUUCCAUCUCAUCUGUUACCUCGUACCUUUUACAGUGACAUGCUCCUUUUAUAUUUUAGUGUGCAAGAUGUAUUUCCUUCAAUGAUAGUGUUGUAAAUAUUCAAUGGCACUUGCAAUUGUGUAAACAAUUUGUUCUCGAGACAAGACAAUACCAAACUGA